AUGAGGGGCCGGAACCUGGGGAGGAUCAGCACGGGGGCAGUGCCGGGUCCUGACCUGGGAGAACAACCUCAGGACGGGCAGCCGGCUGGGAAGCAGCUUAGCAGAAAGGCUUCAGCGGUCCUGGGAGACACCGAGCUGACCAUUGCUGAACCAACAAUGGACACCACCCCCCCCGCGGAGCCCCCGCUGGGAUCGCUGCUCAGCCGGCUGCCGCUGGCGCCCGCCCCGGCCCCACGGCGCCGCACCGCCAGCCAGUGCAAACCGGAGCCGCCGCUGCUGCGCACCAGCAAACGGACUAUCUACACGGCUGGGCGGCCGCCCUGGUACAGUGAGACCGGCGCGCCCGUAGAUGAGGCCUUUGUCAUCGGCCUGUGCGGCGGCAGCGCCUCGGGAAAGACCACGGUGGCGACGCGGAUCAUCGAGGCGCUGGACGUGCCCUGGGUCGUGCUGCUCUCCAUGGACUCCUUCUACAAGGUGCUGGAUGAGGGGCAGCAGGCGCUGGCAGCCCGCAGCGACUACAACUUCGACCACCCCGAUGCCUUUGACUUCGAGCUGCUCGUCAGUGUCCUGCGCAAGCUCAAGAAGGGCAAGAGCGUGAAGGUGCCGGUGUAUGACUUCACCACGCACAGCCGGCGCCGCGAGUGGAAAACAGUGUAUGGGGCCAAUGUCAUCGUGUUUGAGGGGAUCCUGGCCUUCGCCAACAAGGAGCUGCUCAAGCUCCUGGACAUGAAAGUGUUUGUGGACACGGACUCCGACAUCCGUCUGGUGCGGCGGCUGCAGCGCGACAUCAUGGAGCGCGGCCGCGAUGUUGCAGGGGUCAUCAAGCAGUACAACAAGUUUGUGAAGCCGGCCUUCGAGCAGUACAUCGAGCCCACCGUGCAGGUUGCCGACAUCGUGGUGCCCAGGGGUGGGGAAAACUUCGUGGCACUGGACCUCAUUGUGCAGCACGUGCACAGCCAGCUGGAGAAGCGGGAGAUUACAGUCAGGGCAGCCCUGGCCUCCGCCCACCAAGGACAGCCACUGCCGAAGACGCUGAGCGUCCUGGAGAGCACGCCGCAGGUGCGGGGCAUGCACACCAUCAUCAGGAACAAGGACACAACCAGGGACGAAUUCAUCUUCUACUCCAAGCGCCUGAUGCGGCUGCUGAUCGAACAUGCCUUGUCCUUCCUGCCGCUGAAGUCGGUCACGGUGGAGACGCCCCAGGGCACCAUGUACGAGGGGAAGCGGUUCCACCGGCAGCGGAUCACCGGCGUGUCCAUCCUGCGCGCAGGCGAGACCAUGGAGCAGGCCCUGACCGCCGUCUGCAAGGACAUCCGCCUGGGCAAGAUCCUCAUCCAGACCAACCUGGACACGGGGGAGCCGGAGCUGCACUACCUGCGCCUGCCCAAGGAGAUCAGCGAGGACUACGUGAUCCUGAUGGACAGCACCGUGUCCACGGGGGCCGCGGCCAUGAUGGCCGUGCGCGUGCUGCUGGACCACGACGUGCAGGAGGACAGGAUCUUCCUGCUGUCGCUGCUGAUGGCGGAGAUGGGCGUGCACUCCGUGGCCUACGCCUUUCCCCGUGUCCACAUCAUCACCACCGCGGUGGAUAAACGGGUCAACGAGGAGUUCCACAUCAUCCCGGGCAUCGGUAACUUUGGAGACAGAUACUUUGGCACCGAUGGCCCCUCGGCCUGGUGCGAGAGCGACAGCAUGGACUGCUGAGCUGGCUGGCCCCAGGAGCACGGGCCAGGCUGGCUGCAGGGCUGGCCCCCAUCCCUGCCCCCAGGAGAGGCCCUGAGCUGCCAGCUGUGCCCACCUGCCAGCCCCUGGCUCUCGGACCUGCACAACAAGCCCCUGCUGCUGGUCUCCCUCUGCCCCAAAGGACCAAUCCUCCCCAGGGAGGAGGAGAAGAGAGGGAUGGCCUCUCCUGUGGACCACGGAGAGGGGACAUUUAGGGACAUUCCUUGCUCCCAGAGCCCUGCCUCUGGGCCUGGGCCAGCCGUGCCUCCGAAGGGAGUGGUGGGGUCCCUGCGGCUGUGCCUGAGGGCGUGCUCACCUUCUCCCCAGGUGAAGAGGGGGAUGGGGUCCAGUCCAGGCGAGCUCCGUGCCUGGAAUCCAUAUUUAUUUGUAUUUAUUGUGGGCAGCCCCCGGCUCCAGCGGGACCCUCCGACAUCAGGGACUGACCUCACGGAUCCGCCCGCCCCCCGCCACUCCACGCUCCAUCCCUGCUGCCAGGAGUUGGGGGUUGGCAUCGGGCUGCCUUCCCGGUGCCGUCCUGUUCCCGGUGCGCAGAGUGGUGCUGGUGACCGGGGAGCGGUGAGGUGUCCCCGGUGCUGCCUUUGUCGCUCAGGUUCUUUUUCCAAAGGGCAGCGGCAGCCUUGCCCCCCUCACCCCCGCCACCGGCGGCAGCAGGAGGCUCCGGGGGUGGGGGUCUGCCCCCUGACCCCGCGCUGUCCCGGGCGCGGCCGUGCCGUCACCGCGUCCCGCCGCCGUUUUGUACCAAUAAAGGAGC